CAUCUGGCUGCGCCCGCGUUGGCAGUUGCUCUACAGUUGCUGGGAAGAAGCCAGCAGGGUGGUUCGCAGGACAGGAUCAUGCCUGACAGGGAGAGGUUUCCUGGGAAGCAGAAGCCACUAGGCUUGGGAUGAAAGAAGCAGCGCAGAUGCAACAUCUGGAGAGCGCGGGGCCCGGGCGGUCUGUCAGCACCCAGACUGGCAGCAUGACCGGUCAGAUACCGAGGCUUUCCAAAGUCAACCUUUUCACGCUGCUCAGUCUUUGGAUGGAGCUCUUCCCAGCAGAAGCCCAAAGGCAGAAAUCUCAGAAGACUGAAGAGGAAAAGCUUGGAUCCAGAGGAGAUAAUGAAGAUACAGCCAGAGUAUCUACUGACCAAAAACAGGUGAAGAGAACUGGUCUUGUGGUAGUGAAAAACAUGAAAAUUGUUGGUCUCCACUGUUCUAGUGAAGAUUUACAUGCUGGGCAAAUUGCUCUUAUUAAACAUGGGUCAAGGCUGAAAAACUGUGAUCUUUAUUUUUCCAGAAAACCAUGUUCUGCUUGUUUGAAAAUGAUUGUAAAUGCUGGAGUUAACCGAAUUUCAUAUUGGCCUGCUGAUCCAGAAAUAAGUUUGCUUACUGAGGCUUCUAGCUCUGAAGAUGCAAAGUUAGAUGCCAAAGCCGUGGAAAGAUUGAAGUCCAACAGCAGGGCCCAUGUGUGUGUCCUACUUCAACCUUUGGUGUGUUAUAUGGUGCAGUUUGUAGAGGAGACUUCUUAUAAAUGUGACUUUAUUCAAAAGAUUACAAAAACAUUACCAGAUGCUAACACUGACUUUUAUUCUGAAUGUAAACAAGAAAGAAUAAAAGAAUAUGAAAUAUUAUUUUUGGUUUCAAAUGAAGAAAUGCAUAAGCAAAUACUAAUGACAAUAGGUUUGGAGAACCUGUGUGAAAACCCAUACUUUAGCAAUCUAAGGCAAAAUAUGAAAGACCUUAUCCUGCUUUUGGCCACAGUAGCUUCCAGUGUGCCCAGCUUUAAACACUUCGGAUUUUAUUGUAGCAAUCCAGAACAGAUUAAUGAGAUUCACAAUCAAAGUUUACCACAAGAAAUUGCAAGGCACUGCAUGGUUCAGGCCAGGUUAUUGGCAUAUCGAACUGAGGAUCACAAAACAGGAGUUGGAGCAGUCAUUUGGGCAGAAGGGACAUCUAGGAGUUGUGAUGGAACAGGUGCUAUGUACUUCGUUGGAUGUGGUUACAAUGCUUUUCCUGUCGGAUCUGAGUAUGCUGACUUUCCACACAUGGAUGACAAGCAGAAAGACCGAGAAAUAAGGAAAUUCAGAUACAUCAUACACGCGGAACAGAAUGCCUUGACAUUUAGAUGUCAAGAAAUAAAACCAGAAGAAAGAAGCAUGAUUUUUGUGACCAAGUGCCCAUGUGAUGAGUGUGUGCCUUUAAUUAAAGGUGCAGGAAUAAAACAAAUCUAUGCAGGCGAUGUAGAUGUUGGAAAAAAGAAGGCAGACAUCUCUUAUAUGAGAUUUGGGGAACUUGAGGGUGUUAGCAAAUUCACAUGGCAACUGAAUCCAUCAGGAGCUUAUGGUCUUGAACAAAAUGAGCCUGGAAGGAGAGAAAAUGGCGUGCUGCGAGCCAGCCAUCUGGACGAGGACCAGCACCAGAGCAAGAAGCUGUGUCUCGGGAACCACUGAGCCCUGUCCACACGGCCGGGGAGGCCUCAGGAGUCUGCUGCUGUGCUUCGGAAAUUCACUUCAGAAAAUAAGGGUGGAUCCUGUAAAUAACUGACAUUUUCUAAGGAAGUUAAUUUAUUAUGAGGACAUGAAUGAUGUUGAUGAGAAUAUUUUUAUUCUAAAUUUUUCUGUGUAUUUUUCAGAAUAUUGUAGUGCUACACUAAAAGAAGUAGCAAUAAUUUAAUGAGACCAAUGUAAUCACCAAUAGGAGCUGAUUUCUGUUUCCCUUGGCGGUAUAUUAGCCUGUCUGAAAGGGGCUAGCUUGCAGGCCACACCUCAGCAAGGAAUUACGUGCCUCUUGAGAAUUAAUAAUUCCUUUGGAUUAUGAGGGUAACACUUAGUAAACUGCCCCAGGGAAAUAAGUGACAAUCUGGUCACCUUUUAAGAGUCAUUGGAUAGCUAACCUAAAGGUCAUAUUUAUGCCCAAAGCUAUCUAUUAAUCUGAAUUUACUUAAUUGGGAUUGACUCAUACAAAUUGGUUUACUUGGUCUCCAUUUUUAAAGGAUAUUUUUAAAAACGUUAAUUUCUCUGAAAUUUUUUGAUGUGUAGAAUCAUAAUGAUUUGUUGGACUGGGGUCCAGUUACCACACUGACACGAGGUAGCAGUAGGAAGAGUGUUAUCAGAGACAGCACUGCCAUCCAAGCUCACCAACUGCUGAAAGCACUAACAGGAAGCCCCAAAUUUGGUUAUGAUGGUAACACAGAAGAGACGUGUGAGUCUGGAAUAUUGAAACAAGCCUUUUAAGUUCCAUGAAUCAGUGUGCCCACCCCAGCACCUUCCCCUGGCUUUGAUCUUACAAAGGAAGACUUUUUAGAACGUUUGCAGACCUCAAGGAUGCUGACGCCUUCCAAGUAAGCAUGGUCAUCUCUGUUACCUUCUGCGUUGCUCUUUGUGAUUUCUCUCACUUUUAUUUGCUGAGAAACUUCCAGAAAAUCAAUCCCACGAUGAAGGGACAUGCUGUGCCCCUCCCGAGGAUUGGGGGGUGGGGCACUGCGUGAGAAUCAGCUCUCGUGGCUCAGUGGAGGUGGCCAGUUUGCUUCUGCCUUUGUCCCCUUCGUUUUCAAGGCAAAACACGGGCAACGGGGCCUCCUCCCCAUCUCUCGGAGUCACACACAGGGCCAUGCAAGUACUGACUGGAUGGUGCUGCUGGUAGAACAGCUGGUAGAACUGGCUCCCCGGGGCGGUGAAUCAUCACACACAGCCAUCCACAGAGCGGGGAGGGGGAGAAGGGAGGGUGGCACUUCAGUGAGAACCGAUGCUAACUUGAAAACCACUAGUUUAGCUGUUUAUCAAUAUAGAAACACUGAAACUGCUUUUUGCCCCUGAAUGGCUUAACUACAUAUGUUUAAGUUCUCAGAUUUUUUUUUUUUUAUUAAUGUUAUCUAUGCCACAUGUUUUGUGAGACUAAAAGUCCUGGUAUAUUCCUACUGCCAUGUUUAUGAAUUUACAUAUUGGAUGCUGGGAUGGGAUAUCAGAAGAAAUGGGAAGUUGAUAUUCCCAUAACAGCAUCAAAAUGGUCAUCGUAAUGUCAUUUUUUUCUUCCUGUACAACUGGUCAAAUUUCAAUAAACAAUUAUUGAGAGUUU